AUGAACGAUUCAGCAGCAACUCAUGUAGUUUCGUUGUUUGUGAAAAAUAUCCCAAGGGCAUUACAUUGGAAGGGUCUAUGGUUCAUAUUUGCUCGAUAUGGGAAUGUCACUGGUGCGUUCAUUGCAAAUAAGCUAAGAAGAAGAGGUAAGCGGCUUGGUUUUGUUAGGUUUGGAAGCAAGGUAGAGGUAGAACGUGGUAUGGAGAAGCUUAACAGUUUUGUUCUAAACGGUUUCAAAUUAUCGGUUCAAUUUGAAAAGUCUAGAGGAUUAUCAAGAGAGGGAGGUUUAAGAAACGCUGACAGGGAGACAAGGAGAUGGGGAGGGGGUUUUAAUCAAGCAGAGGCAUCUAAGGAGGCUUUUCAAAGGAACUUGAACCAAGAGUAG